CCCCUUCUGCGUGCAUGGGGGUCCCCCCCCCACACCCGGCUCGGAGUGGACUGCCCCAGGCUGCCCGCGGCCACCACCACCACCGUCUGGCCCUCUGCCCGCCACCCCCGCUCAGCAUCUUCAGUGAGUCCCGUGUUUGCUUGCUUGGUCCCCCACCUCUCAUCUCCCUCCUUGCUGCCAGCCCCGCUGGGACCUGCGGGUGUGGACUACCAGCCCUCCCUCACUUUGGACUUGAAUCCUAUGAGCCGAACUGUCGCCUGCCCCCCGCCCCUCACCGACCCCUGGUGAGACCUGGAGCGGCGGUCGCCCGGAGCAGGGUCACUCCCAGGGCCUGGAAGACCCGAGGGCCCCACUGCUUAGACCUAAAACCAUGGCCUGGCCCUCCAGGGUGGUGGAUGGGGGUCCCGUCGUCGCAGAGCCCCAAUCAGAGGCUCCCAGGACCCCUGCGGGAGCUUGCACCAGCAGGACCCCUGAGGGUCUGUCUUCAAGGCUCCCCCGAGCCGCCUCUGCCAGCCCCAAAAUGUCCUAGCCCCUGCCCCUCUGGAGCCUGGGAUGUCCACUCAAGGUCCGGAGCGUGGUUGGAAGCGAAGCCCUCCCCUCCCCCCCCCCCCAGCUCCCACCAGUCCCCUCUCAGUUCCCGAUUAGGGGAUGCCCACCCUGGUGUUUGUAAAUAUUUCUAUUGGGUCCACUCCGUCCGGAACUGGCUCAAACCCUCGGUGAAUGAGGGGAGGUGGAGGAGGCCCAGGGCUUUGCCUAGGGCCGAGGGCGCCCUGUAUACGUGAUCCAGUCCGUGAGUACCAGCCAACCUGAAUAAAGUGGUUUAAAACCAA